CCCAGCAAUGAUGAUGAUUGAUUCCGAAACAACAACAAAAAAAGAGAUGUCUCGAGGUGAGACUGAAGCUACCCUCUCUAGGACUGAUUUAUUAUAGCAGCACAGGGCGUGGGCUAUGAGACAGCUCGCAGCCUAUCCAUUGUCUGUGGAGCAGGGAGGGUACCACACAGAGGUGCAGAAGUGGGCUGGGCUGUCAGUGUCGGUUCGUUCCUGAAGCAUCAUUCCAUAGUGGUGGCCUAUAUCAUAUCAAUUUGUGGCGUAGUAGGUGAAGAUUACGCAUCAAGAUGCCCCAGAAUCUCUCAUUAGGUGACACUGUGAUACGAACUGCGACAGCGGCCACUGAGGAGGACAGCAUCGCCCUUGAACAUAAAGCGUUUUUGGGGACACUGGGAGCAUCCCCGUCUCCAUAAAGAUAAGCGACGAAGGCGGAGGUAGAGGUUAUAUUAUCUUGUGUGAAUCGUCAUUUUUUAACAUGUCGCGGAAGAGUUCGGAUAACGUUCUUAUGCGACUGCGGAGGAUGUCUAUGGCUAAGAAUAGCGAAACAGUGAAGGUGGUGGUGCGAUGUCGACCCAUCAAUAAGAAAGAGGAGACGAUGAAUCAGGAGAAAAUAGUUGAGGUGGACGUCAGAUUGGGACAGGUCGCGGUGCGUAAUCCCAAGGCGCUGCCGGGCGCGCUCAUGAAAACAUUCGCAUUCGACGCUGUGUAUGACAAGGCCUCCACCCAAAAUGAUUUGUACGAUUACACAUGUAAGCCAUUAGUGGACUCCGUUCUUCUCGGCUUCAACGGAACUAUUUUUGCCUAUGGACAGACAGGGACAGGUAAAACCCACACAAUGCAGGGCUUACCCUCAGACCCCGAAAAGCGUGGAGUCAUUCCCAAUUCAUUCCAUCACAUUUUCACCCACAUAUCCAGAUCUCAAAAUCAAAGUUAUUUGGUAAGGGUCUCCUAUAUUGAGAUUUACCAGGAGGAGAUUCGAGACCUGUUGUGCAAAGACAACAACAAGAAGCUGGAACUCAAAGAGAAUCCAGAGUCUGGUGUGUAUGUGAAAGACCUCUUAUCAGUGGUGACCAAGAGCAUCGAGGAACUUGAACAUGUGAUGAACUUGGGGAACCAGUCUCGGUCUGUGGGCUUCACCAAGAUGAACGAGUGCAGUUCUCGCUCACACGCCAUCUUCAUCGUCACCGUGGAGUGCAGCGAAACAGGCCUGGAUGGGGAAGACCACAUCCGUGUGGGAAAGCUCAACAUGGUGGACCUGGCGGGGAGCGAGCGUCAGAGUAAGACUGGGGCCAAAGGCAAGCGCUUCAAGGAGGCGGCAAAGAUUAACCUGUCCCUCUCCGCACUGGGCAAUGUCAUAUCCGCCCUGGUGGAUGGCACGAGCACGCACGUCCCAUACAGGGACUCCAAGCUCACCAGGCUGCUGCAGGAUUCACUGGGCGGCAACUCCAAAACAGUUAUGAUAGCCACCAUCGGCCCAGCCUCUAGCAACUACGAGGAGACCAUCACCACGUUGCGCUAUGCCAACAGGGCCAAGAACAUCAAGAACAAGCCUCGCAUCAACGAAGACCCCAAAGACGCCCUGCUGAGGGAGUUUCAGGAGGAGAUCGCCCGGCUCAAAGCACAACUCGAGGAGCGAGGGAUGCUGGCGAAGGAGAGGAGGAGGAAGAGGAGAGACAGCAUGGUGAGGAUGAAGAGGAGCAUGAGCAGCGGAGAGGUGGAGAAGCCAUACGGGGGAGGUGUGGACGUGGCGGAGACACUUUACGAGGAGAGGGAAGGUCAAGGUGGAGGAGAUGCAACGAGUGAAGUGAAGAGGAGAGCAGAAAAACUCAAGUACCGGAACAGUGUGAAUGGCAACCUGAAGGAGCUGGAGAUGUUCAGGCUUCCUGAGGAGAAGGAGAAGACGGUGGAGGAACUGCAGCAGGAGCAGGAGGCCAUGGAGCUCAUCAUAGAGAAAUAUAAGUCUAUGGAAAGCAAGCUGUUAGUUGGUGGGAAGAAUAUCGUGGAUCACACUAAUGAGCAACAGAAAACGCUGGAACUGAGGAGGCAAGAAAUCGCAGAGCAGAUGAGAAAAGAGAGAGAGAUGGAGCAGCAGAUGUGGGAGCAGGAUGAGGAGACGGAGGAGCUGAGGGAGACGUUCACCACUAUGCAGCAGGAGGUCGAACUAAAGACCAAGAAACUCAAGAGGUUGCAUGCAAGGUUACAGCUGGUUAAGACUGAAAUUGGGGAUAUCAUUGAUGAGCAUGUGGCUACGAGACAAGAGCUGGAACAAACGCAACAUGAACUGAUCAGAGAAAUGAAGUUUAAGAAUUUGAUAAUCGAGAAUUUCAUCCCACCGGAAGAGAAAAAUAAGAUAAUGAACCGACUGCAGUAUGACAGUGAAGAAGACCAGUGGAAGAUGAUGCCACUGAUUCCUUCUGAGAACAGCAGCCACUGUCGUGUGAAGCGAAGACCAACAUCAGUAGCUGGAUACAAGAGGCCCCUCAGCCAGUAUGCCCAGUCUGCGGCAGCCUCCGGAGACCCUACAAGAUACAGGGCAGAGAACAUCAUGCUGCUGGAGCUUGACAUGAGUCCGCCCGCCAUGUUCCACCUCAACCUUAACAGGACGGAUCUGAUUGGUAGGGACCUGCUGCCCGACUUUGUGCAUCUUCGGAGGAGAGACGCUGCAACCAGAGUCCGAAAGUCACAGUCAUGGAACCCAGCACCUGGCAUGGCCUCCAACUCCUCCUCCGCCUGCUGGCCAGCUCCUCCCGGGUCACCGCACUUCUCAGGAUCUCAGGGGGCGUGUGGCUCCACCCAACCUGCUGAAGAAGAAGAAACCUAGCCAUGCCAUAUAGAUGAUCUCAGUGCCUGUACCGUAUGCAGCAGAGCAGACCCCCCCAUUUCAAAAUACAUCUGCUUCCUCUUCAUGCCAGAGGGAGAGGGGAAGCCUGGCAGGCUAAAGCAGCUCAGGGAUGCAUUUCUCGAAACCAUAGUUGCUAACUACAUUAGCUACUUUGUUGUUUGCGAUGCAAUUUCCCAUUGUCAACUACCCAAGUUGCUAACUAGCUAACAACUUCACUUUCGAGAAACACAUCCCAGCUUUGCAAUUACUAUUGUAUUGUUAUUUUUAUUGCUCAAAGCCAAGCAUUUUUAUUAUUAUUUAUUAUAUGAUUUAAAACUGCAGCCUUGUAAACAUUUUUUAGAAGCUUUCAAUACUUGAAAAGCACAAGAGUGUCUUUGAAUAGUGUACAACUAUUUUGCAUCUUAAGAGAAUGGAAUGCUGCCUUUGUGAAUGGUCAUGAUGUCAAAUGAACUCAGUUGGUAAGAGCUUUGGUAAACAGCUUUAUUGUGGCCUGAUAUGUGUGUGUACACUAUGUGGGCCAGAGCGUUUAAAUGGCUCACUUUCUUCUUUUCCCUAUGUAUUGGGAAUGUAUUAUGUAUGUGUGUUACAUUGUUACCUAGAAAAAUAGAAAAUACUGCCCAACCUGGUCUCUGUUCUACUGGUUUGUUUGCCUAGAAUCCUGUAUUACACAUGUCAGUUGUGAACACGAUUGAUACAAAUUGUGCUUUUGAAAAGAUGAUUGGUAACGUCAAGCAGGGAAGAAAGACAAGCCAAUAUGUUGAGUUUCCAUCAACAGAUUGUGAAACAGCAUGUGUGAUGCCCGGU